AUGGGAACAGCAUUGGUGGUUCUUGGAGUUAUUCGUUUCGUCUGCUAUUUCUUAUUGAUCACAGUAAUAUUACGAAUGUCACGGAAUCGUUUAUUAUAUUUUCUAGGUAUUAUUUGCGUAAUAUCGUCAAGAGGAAGCAAGCUUCUUCGAGAUCUUUGUUUUUCUUUGUCGGCUGCAACACUUAUGCCGUCUCUUUUUUACCUGUGGCUGGAUUACAGGUGUUUUCUAGUUUUUAUAUAUUUACUUUUGAAACUUAGAGCCUUCGCUUUUUGUUCUGAAACACCGAUGCCAUUGUGGACAUUUCUUCUAGAUCAAAGAUGUCUUCAAAAUUGCCUGGUCAUAAUGGCUGCAUUGUUUCUUAUACUGUCAUGUAGUACCGUCUCUCUCGAUGUCUAUACGAUUUGGAAGAAACUGUUCUACAGGCUUUUUCAUGGAGCGGAACAGAAGACACCGUUCCUUACUGCGCUCACCGCCAUUUUUGCCAUGGCCGCAUCGACGCCAAGAUUCACCUCUAUAGCUUUCAUUUGUCUAUCACUGUACUCGUUGAAUUCAACAGUAUUCCAAAUGAUUUCCUACCUAUAUCUCUCAUCAAAUGGCUAUUUUGGUGAUCACCUUUGCGAGCUCUUCUUUCCAGGAGUAGGCCGAUGCCAUCUUUCGGUCACCAAAAGCGGUUCGAUCCAUUCUGUCAUUUCGCGCAUUCUACUGUUAGGGUUUUUCGGCGGAAAAUGCCUUGGUAGUGUUGCUUUUCCAGUCUAUCAACUUUUCUUUCAAUCAACAGUUGAAUAUGACUUUGUCAUAACUGUGUUGUUAACAAAGCAGUCUGAUCUUCAGCUACUUUAUUUGCAGAUUCUAUGCGCUGAAAACCUAACAUCGAAGCCAAUGCUUCAAACUACACUCUUAAUAAUGUCAGUGGUGAGAUUCGUUGAAAUUCUCACACAACUUGACUAUCGUGGAACUGGCGAUGAUCUAUCAGUAGCCUGGAAAGUCCAUCAAACAGCAGACUUCUUCGCUUUAAUCAGUACGUUCAGCAUCAAAACCAAUUUCAAAACUCUUGUCUGCAAUAGAAUAAACAAUAAAGUGUUCGGCUUUCAUCAGUUCUUGAUGGGUGCGGCAUACAUUGGAUUUCCGUCAACUAUCGUAGACGUAUUUAAAUGCAUAUUUUGA